CCAACUACUCCUCCAAGCAUGGCAUCUGCAAGCAGCUCCGCUCAGGCUGCCUUCGGACUGGGCCGCAGAAAGAAGAACCCCGGGCUCCUGGAUCAGAUUGGGAAGUUCUUUGGAGGAGACAAGAAAAGGAAGAGCAAGGGCUCUUUCCGAGGUGCUCUUUCUCCAGCCCCUCAGAAAGCAUCCGUGACCUCGCCGCGUAAACGAGGAGGAGAGAACGCCGUGGUCCAUUUCUUCCGCACCAUCGUGAGUAAUGCCCACAGUGAGCCACACCGCUCUAACACUCACAGGCCUCACACGUCAGAAGAUUCAAAGUGCUCCGGCAAUGUGUCCCCUUCUCGUCCCAAGUCUAGGUGGACAGGACUAGCAAACAAGAUAGGCCUGGGCCACCAAAAGUCAAGCAAGAAGGCCAGUGCAGGGGACGGAAAAGGCACCCUGACUAGGAUCUUCAAAAUGUGAUGAGCUCAGCGGCAGCAGAGGUAGCAGGAGUGCUUCGCCAGCCAAACGCUGAAGUCCCCCCUCUACAACCCCUUCCAACAUCCAGAGGGGAUUUGCUCAAGAGCUCAUGGGGGCGAACAAAAAGAAAAACUGACCUUCCCAACAGCAUCUUUUUAACACCCUAAUGAUAGCUAAAGCCCAACCCUUCGGCUGAUGGCAACACAAUCUGUCCCUCCAUUUCUCGUGUCCUGACGCUCCAUCAUCAUCUUCAGUGUGAACCGUUUGCUGACCCAGAAGCCGCUCGCGUAUGCAGCCUGAAUAACUUCCCUCUUUCUGUACAGUUUGAGUUUCUGUGUUGUCUUUGUUGGUUUUCUAACUAAAGGUGGCUAAACUGAAGCAGACCUGGGAGCAGCUGAAGGUGAAGGCCGGUGCAGGUCCAGAUGACCUGACCGUUAAUGCCGCUAGUUGACUGGUGAAGACCUGGCUGCUUCAGUGUUAGAGAGAGGAUUUCUGUCCCGUCUCACUGUCUGCGUCACGUCCUCUGACCUUUUUCUGUCCUCCCAAACAUACCCCUGAGUUUGAGCAUUAAUGACAGAUUAAACUCAUUUUACAUCAGUGUUAGAAACAUUCAGUCACAUUGUGUUUCUGUUUACCUCCUGUCUGAGCUGUAAGAACGUGUCCUGUCAUGAAUGUUAUGUUCGUCACCAUUAAGACUUUAGGCUGGCUUUAACUUAAUGCUAAAAAAAUGUAUUUUUCAAGUCUAAUACACAUUUAAGAGGAAUAGUUUGUUUCAUGUAGCAGUUUUUCAUAAAGUAACUGAAUCUGGAUCAGUGAUGUUGCAGCAGGAUGUCUGAUUUAGACCUGUGUAACGCUUUGUUGUCUUUUCAUGCACUGCUAUUGUUUUUUUAUUUAAUACACAGCACACAAAAUGUCAAUUUGUUUCACAAAAUAUCCUCGCUCAGUAAGUGCCUUUCCUCCUGAUUACCAAAAAGCAAUGACCUGCGUGUCUUUCCAAUGAAUAAUAAAGAAAAGAAACUAUUUCAAAAAGGUGCUCUUUAACUAACUGUAGUGACUCAUUCUUCAGAAUGUGUAAGUUUUGUGUAAAAAAAAAAAAAAGGUAAAGGUCAAUAGUAGAUCUGCUCCAUCCAUCUUUCAGGUGUGUGUGAUCUUCAGCGUUCAUCUUUUAAACUGUCCAAGCGCUCGAGUUCUUCGAAUUUUGUCUAAAUGGAUCCAUGGGAUGAAUGUAAACAACCUCCUCAUUAUUCUUUGUGUAAUAAAACAUGAUCAGCCACUCACCUGAGAAUAAAAUUUAAAAAUAAAUAAAAACUACAAACCUA